AACUUGGAGGCGAGCGUACAGCCUGGAGGUGCUGCUGCAAUGGCCGAAGCACCGGCGCUGCCUCUUUCUCCCUCUGACAAUGGGCUGUUGUCCCCGCCCCCUGACCUCUGUGCGGCAUGUGGCCACAGUCACCAGCUGGAGGAGAACCACGAGUACCUCUACAGAGACGAGGUGGACGAUGACAUCGUUUGUCACAUCUGCCUGCAGCCGCUCAUCCGGCCCCUGGACACGCCCUGCGGACACACCUACUGCCAGGAGUGUCUCACCAGCUUCCUGCUGGAGAGCGACUUCUGCCCCGUGUGCCGCGCGGCGCUCAUGCUGCAGAGCUGCAGGAAGCCCAGCCUGCUGGUGCACAAACUGCUGGACAAGCUGAUGGUGGCUUGUCCAUUCACUGAGCAUUGUACUGAGGUCGUGCCCCGAUGUGAACUGGAAGCCCACAUCAAGAGCAGGUGUAAAGGGGCCUCUCACUAUGGGCUCUCCGCCGACAGGAAGCGCCGCUCGCAGGAGGGCGAAUGCACCGACAGCACAUCGGAGCUCACCAUCGCCACGCUGCCCAACGAUGGCCCCACCUCCGCCGCUGUGGCCCUCCUGUCUGAUGACCCGGGUCUGGUUAACCCCGCCUUCGACCCCAGCAUGGAGGAGAACAGCCAGUCAGGCAGCACGACCAGCCUGGCCGCCCGCAGCAGCUCCAAGAAGAUCAGAAAUUUUGACCGAUCUUCUGUGAGGAGCCGCUCCUUCAGGAGGUUGAACCGGGCGUUCAGUGUCCUGCGGAGGACCAAGAGUGGCAACGCAGUGAGCAAUGAGACGUCUGAGGAGAGAGACAAUGCCAGGAAUUCCACUGGAAUUCCACAGGAAGUGCUGGCUCUUCCUCAGCUCCAUCACCUGAUCCCGGAUGGAGAACUUACCAGUAUUAAGAUUACACGGAUGGAUCCCUCAGAUCCGCUGGCCAUCAGCACCGUCGGCGGCAAUGAGACCCCCUUGGUUCGCGUCCUCAUCCAGGAUAUCUACAGAGAAGGUGUCAUUGCACGGGACGGACGUUUGCUACCCGGGGACAUGAUCCUGAAGGUAAAUGGCAUCGACAUCAGCAAUGUACCCCACUGCUACGCCGUGGCGACCCUCAAACAGCCUUGCCAACUCCUCCGCCUCACCGUGCUCCGAGAGCAGCGCCAUCGCUACCGCUCACACUCACACAGCCACCUGCAUGGGCACGGCCACGAUGGCGCGGGGGGUCACCCAUCUCACGGAAUACCCCAGAGGGAUGACGGCAUCCAUGUGGUCCUGAAUAAAAGCACUCCAGAGGAGCAGCUGGGCAUUAAGCUAGUGAGGCGGCCAGAGGAGCACGGAGUCUUCAUCUUUCACCUGCUGGAGGGCGGCCUGGCAGCUCGGGACGGACAGUUGUGUGUCGGUGACCGCGUGCUGGCCAUCAACGGGCACGAUCUGCGUUAUGGAGCACCAGAACACGCUGCUCUGCUUAUCCAGGCAAGCGAGGAGGGUGUCCACUUCAUCGUGUCUCGUCAGAUCUGCCUACCAACACCAGACAUCUUACAAGAAGCUCCGUGGGGCAUGGAUGGUCCCCCACCAUAUUCCCCUGUGGAUAUCGAGCAAACACUACUGGACUCUUGCCAGAAGCCCGCGUGCUACGAGAAGACAGUGACUCUGACUAAGGAACCGUACGACUCCCUGGGGAUGACGGUGGCAGGGGGCAUGUCCAGCCGAGGGUGGGACCUCCCCAUCUACGUCACCAACGUGGACUCAGAUGGAGUGGUGGGACAGGAGGGCUCCAUUCGAAAAGGUGACAUCUUGCUAAACGUGAACGGCGUGGAUUUGACGGGGGUGACGCGAGGCAAGGCCGUGGCCAACUUGAAAAACACCACCUCUCCUGUCGUGCUCAAGGUCUUGGAGAUGCGUCCCCCUGAGGAGAGCCUGCCGGAGUGCACGUUGCCGCCCUGCCUCACACCCUCACCCACAGAUAGCACCAAGAGCAUGGUGCCCAAUGACGACUACUCCCCACUGUGGGUGUCAUGGCUGCAGCUACCCAGGCAUCUCUACUGCUGCAAAGACAUCAUCCUGCGGCGGAGCACUUCGGGCAGCCUGGGCUUUAGUAUCGUUGGAGGUCAGGAGGAGGUCAACUGCAAUCAAUCCUUUUUUAUCCGCUCCAUCGUGGAGGGGACGCCAGCCUACAAUGACGGCAGGAUAAGGUGCGGGGACAUCUUACUGGAGGUGAACGGGAAGAGCACGUGGGGGAUGACCCACACAGCGUUGGUGCGCCUCCUGAAGGAGCUGAGGGGCAGGAUCACCCUGACCAUCGUCUCCUGGCCAGGCAGCCUGCUGUAGCGGCCCUCCGAGCACUGACCAAGGAAUCUGGAAGGCAGAGCUUUAGACUGGUCGACCACCAUAAGCUUGCUGUGUGGGAGAAGCUUAGAAUAGUGCUGUAGCUCUACGGAUAUCUCACAAUCUGAACGGACAGCUGAGACUUUGCCAGGAGUUUGAAAGGGGGACAAAACAAAAAGACUGGAUUGUUACCAGAGGUUAACUUGUCCCUCGGAGAACGCUGGACCGGGAGAAUCCAGGCCUGAGGCUCCUCUAACAAGGAUGUGGGGUGUUAUCUGUUUAGGGGACAUUUGACAUUCUCUGGCACAUCACCCAGCGAGUGUGGGUGGAUCAAGAGAAGACACAACACAUUGCCAAUUCCAGUAGUUAUAUAUUAGGGUAUGCGUUAAGUUGGACUCACAUUUCUUGACUGUAAAUGUUGGGUGUCUAUAAAAGUACUGAUCCAAGCACUUGUAAUACGUUUAUUUUGGUUUGUUUGUGGUAUGGCCUUUAAAUACAGGCUCCAUUCUGUUUGUACUGACAGUGGUUGUCAUCAUCUGUUGACCUGAGGACACGUUACCAAGUAGUCGUCAGUGUUGAGUUUUUUUUUUAAUUUUAUUUCAAAAGCUAUGGCUAAUUUAUCAAACCACUGGCAAAGAAAAUAAAAAUAAACAAAUGAUCAAUGUGUUCAUAACAUGUAAAAAAAAAUAAUUGACAUUGUGGAGGCCUUACUUAUUUUCUUACUUUUAAGAAAAAGAGCUGACUUGGUUUCUGUGUAUCAGUGGAUGGUCUGAGGUCCGUCUACUGUGGUUCUAUGUGUCACGCUUCGGCCUGUGUAAUA